AUGUGUCGGUUCCUCGGUGGUGCCUUCUCCGCAUGGCUUCUGGGGUGGUUCGUUUGGGCCGUCUUUGGUCGGCUCUUUUGCGUGGGCUGUUUUGGUCUUUGCGUGGUCGGUUCGGCUGCGAUGCUUCUGGUGUUUGGUCUGGCGGCUUCCGCCUUCGUCAGGCGAUGGGGUGCAGUGGAGGGUACCCGGAGUAAGGAAAACAAAUCGUGGUUGCUCCAUUGGUUCACACUGGCUCAAAAGACACCCCGUGGUACUCCUGCGUCGACAAUACCACAAAGCAUUGUUCCACAAGCAUUACCACCUCACCGACCCCACAGCACGGUUCUCGGUCGUCCUCUGGAAUGUGUUUACGCCUAAACCGCGUCUGAUCCCUCGGGGGCCUGGGUAGCAGUUAGCUGUCCCUCUGCUAUGGAAGUGAGUAUCCUUCUGUCUCAUAACCCUUACCCUCUGCUUCGGGUGCCUGAAGCUGGGGUGUCCGGGCUGGGG